CAGUCAAUCGUUAUUAAAAUAUCGCCGGUUUGCCUCGUGCUUCCUCUAAUUUUUGUGUUAAUCUACUUAAACACAUAGUCUGAUAUCAAUCAAACAAAGUUGAGUAAAUCCGGUACAAUAUGUAUGAACAACUGGGCAACCACGAUGAUGUUCGACAAAAGUUACAUUUUCUUUGCUUAUAUAUUGGCCCUCGUUAGCGGUGAACCUGUGAGAAAAGGGCUGAUUCAGAAUGCUGUAGACUUUUGUGCGAUGGAACGUGGCUUCCCAGCAAAUAAAUACGAGAACUUUGUUUCCAAUUAUAUGAACGUGGAAUUGGACGAUUGUGUGGCAGCAUGUGCUAUGAGAAGAUUAGGAACAAUGUCUGACAGUGGAACCUUCACGGGCGAGGAAGCUAAGAACUUGAUGGUCAAAUCAGAAGCUGAGGUAAAUGAAGAUGCCGAAAUGGAUGCGGCGAUCGACAGCUGUGCAAAGAUGUAUGGAGACGGCCCAGACCCAUGCACCACUGUCAGGAACUUGCAAGCCUGUUACAAAAUCCUCUUCGUCCAAAUCCAGGGCAAUCAUUGGUCGAUCAAUGGCUUCGUAAAUCAGGCUCUACUAUUGACUUUUGAAAAUUACCCCGAUUCUUAUCCGGGUGGAAAAGGAGGAGCGUCGGUGAAUAAUACGGAAGUCGUUUUGAAACUUCUGCCAUGAAUGAAUGUUUUUUUGUUAAGAAACCAAAUAUGGCCCAUAUGUGGCCUUCCUGGUCUUGGCAGGCCAAGACUACACGUGUGUUCAACGAUUCUGUAUCUAUGAAUAGGUGGAAAGGGACGUUUUAAGCCCACAGAGCGCUUAAUACAAC